AAGUCAAUCUACUUGAUGAGGUCCACCUGUGAGGACAGGAAAGGAAAAGGAGUUUGACUGAAGUGAAGAAGUUCUCUUUGACCUCGUUAUUUUUUUCUCACGCGAAUAAAUAGUUGAACAGUAAAAGUAUAGAUGCUAAAAUGCCUAAAAGGAGCAUCUUGAACUUUCCAAGCACGCUGCUGGUGUUCCUGCUGACGUUUGGAAAACUUUGUAACGCACAGGGGAACACAGAGAGAGUCACCAGGCUUCCAGAUGGACCCAAAGGGGAUAGCAGCGCUUUCUUCGCCCUGCGAAGCUGCCACCAGCUGUUACACGGCGACAGCGGUGAGUUUUUCUCCCCUGACUACUUGUGUUCGAACCCUCCUCUGUGGUGCAACUGGACCAUUCAGGUGGAUCCAGGGAAGAGGAUUCAUCUCCGUUUGGAGGACUUGACCCCUGAUGAGGCCUGCCAACUGAAACAGGACCAGAUCCAUGUGGAUGAACCUGCUGCCCAAUCAGGGGGCCACAAGGUGCUGCAGAAGUGCUGGCAGGAAGCCAAGUACACGUCUUCCUCCAACACUCUGUAUGUGGUGAUUCUGAUCGGCGGCUGGCCUGACCCUCCUUACAGGGGCUUCUAUGGCCGCUACCAGGCAUUUGGACCACCGGUGGUUUACAACCCACAGGAAGGCUCAACAGAAAGAAGCAAGGAGUCAGAACGGUCUCCUGGACUGACUGACCCGAGUGAAUUUGAUUCGUUAACAAAUAAGAUAGAGUUGGAGAAUGCUGAUCUGUCGUAUGAUUAUUAUGAUCAGCAUUUAGCACUGACGGUUGGGCCGCCCUGGGUGUCCCGUGGUGGAGACAGAAAUACAGAGGCAGUUAAAAACCUCUAUCCAUCCCUGGAGAACUACACCCAUGUCUACCAGUUUAUGGCUGCACCCACGGUGACGACACCCACACAGAGGACGUUCCGAUCAGGAAGAGGUGCUCUUCAAAGCCAUUUGAGCCAGGCUGACUCAGUUGUUCUUUCUGCAACCCCACCACCACAGCAGCGGGAUGAGUUUAAACCUAGUAACAACACUCCAAUAUCAAGAAGAGGGAACAUAAGUGAAGCUGUAACCACAGAUGGGGGCAGCUUACAGAAUCACCUGGAGGGUCAGAUCUCUGCCAAUGGUUUAGAACAAGUUGCAGAUGAUGACAGUCUCGUGGUCAGUCAAGUUUCAGACCACCAACCAUCUUCUCCUGAUGGCACAGAACCACAGCACACUGACCACAGGCAUCAUAACCCUAACACGAUGGAACCCCAAUCUGAACAGAAAGGGAACCUGAACAUGAAAAAUCAAUCUGAGAGUCCACAUCUGCCAGGUGAUCACCUCUUUGAAGUGGCUGUUGAGGUGAAUUUCAGUCACGAUUUGGAGGACUCCUGGGACAACUUGGCACGGGUGCUACUGCUGUCAGUGAAGACUUUGAUCAGCAAACAGCUGGAAGCUCUUCACACACGACUGUCCCUCUCAUCAAAAAGAAUAAAAAGGCUGAAUGCAGGAGCCCUCUAUAUCCUCUGGCUGCAGAUCGGACACGGCCCUGGAGGUGUCCAGAUCCACAGGGCCGUCCACUCUGCCAUGCAGGGCCUCCUCGCCACAAGCGUCAACCACAGGACUGCUGUCAUCAUGUCUGUGUCCACGGCAGAUGUGAAUGAAUGUGGGACUCAGCUGGUUCUGUGUGAUGUUAACGCAGAGUGUGUGAACCACUUUGGCACAUACUCGUGCCACUGUAGGCCAGGCUUUCAGGAUGAGUCCCGUCUUGGAUCAGGAGGAACAACUUGCAUGGAACCACAGCCUGCAGGUUGCAGUUCAGGCCUGUCCUCGGAGACUAAAGGGGUCUAUGUGCUGUUCUUCCUGCUCAGUUCCCUCAUCCUGACACUGCUGGCUGUGGCAGGCACGCUUUAUCAUCGUCACCACCGAGGAGGUUUCGUAUUCCGCUGCCCCAGCAGUGUUUCCCCACCAGACUCGAACAACAACCAUCUCCAUCCUGAUGACAGCUACUCCACUCCUACUGACUGUGACCUGCCCCCACCACCUCCACCUGCCAGAGGAAGUAGAGAGAGCUGGACUCAAAUGAAAGAGCGCUGCCCCCCUGUGGACCUGCCUCUGCUGCGAUUCAGCUCUCUACUGCCCCCAGAUGGCUAUAUUGAUCCACAGGAGAGUGGAAAGAUGUAAUCAACCCAUAACCAAGUUCAUCUGUAUUCUUAAAAAUGUUUUGUUUUUCUUCUGUGUGAAUAAUACUCUUAUCCACUGUGUGCAGCCUGCUCAAAUAAAGUCACAAGAACACACCAUGUCAACUGAAAUGCUUUCUAAAUGGAAAAAAUAAAUGGUUAAAAGUCA